AUGUCUCAAUGCACUAAUGAAAUCCAAGAAAUAAUUGGAAUAGAUCAAAAAUUUACAUUUGAACUUCAAGAAUUAUGCGAAAAAUUAUUUUCGCGGAAUAUAAAUGAGUUAUCGGAUCCAAAUGAAUUGGACGAAGAAAUUGGGAGAUUAAAACAUUUGUCAAAGUAUGAUCAAUGUGAGAGAAAAAUUAUUCUCAUAAGGCAGGAAAUCAAUGAUAAAGCACAGAGAAUAGAAGAAUAUUUAAAUACACUUGCUGAUUUAGAAGUUGAAAAGUCAAUAUUAUUGGUCGAUUAUAAUGUUCAAUCUAAUUAUCAAAAGUCAUUUAUAAAUGGCUUGGAUUUGGUGAUGGAUCUUUUAAUUUCACAAUUCUCGCGUCUUCAAUUCGUUACUCAAGCUUUCAAUAUCGAAUUUGAUAAUCAUAAAUCACUUCAUAAAUUAUUAAAAAAUGUUAUAAAUGAAUUAAAUCAACGUUGUCAGAAUAUCAAAGAUCGAAUGAAAUUAAUGUCUGCCACAGAUUUUAGUGAUCCCAAAAUUGAAAAAACUGUAGUGGAAAGUAAUGAUCAAAUGUUAUUUUCUAUAAAAAAAUUAAUGAAUUUAGAUAUCAAUCCUCGAAAUCUUAUGAAGAGAAAUACUACUUCAACUUUUGUUACAUAUGAAUCAUUAAAAGAAAGAAUGAGUGAAAUCUUGCAAGAAAGAGAUCAAACUCAUAAUGAUAUGGUAGAAGAAUUAAAGGCUCAAUAUGAAUUUAUGAAAGCAAGUGAAGAAAUUGAAAAGACCUUAACCUCCAUAUUGUAUAAAGAUUCUUAUACAUCUGAACUUUUACUUACACCUAGGAAAUUUUCAGAUUUACAAAAUUCCUUUCGUCACAAAACUACAUUCUUACAACCAAAACUUAAUUUGAUUACAAAGGAUUUAAAUUUACAGGAUCAUUUAGAAAAUAAAAAAUUAUUAUUUCAUCGAUAUUACACGGAUCCUGUGUGGAAAAAUUAA